AUGGCCGAAAAGGAAGAAACGUCGGGCGGAGAACAAGACGAUAUCUCCUUCUUGAGAACGGUAAGUGUGGUUUAUUGUAUGCUAAAGUAAAAUUUGGUGACAGGGCCAAUUUUGAGGGUAGGGUGAAAUUUAAGAGUAGGGUAAAAUCUGAGGGUAGGGGGAAAUUUAAGGGUAGGGUAAAAUCUAAGGGUAGGGUGAAACUUAAGGGUAGGAUAAAAUUUUUAAGCUAGGUUUAAUUAUAAGUGUAGAAUAGGAUAAAGCAAAGUGAGGUGGAGUAGGGUAAGGUAAUGCAGAGCAGAGUGGAGUAGUAUAGGGCAGGGUAGGGCACGACGGGUCCAUUCAGAGUAGAGCAGGCCAGGUUAUAGCGGGAUAAGGUAGAGUAGGGAAGAGUAGGAUAGGGUAGGGUAGGGUAAGGUAGGGUAGGGUAGGGUAGGGUAAGGUAGGGUAGGGUAGGGUAGGGUAGGGUAGGGGGUAGGGUAGGGUAGGGUAGGGUAGGGUAGGGUAGGGGUAAGGUAGGGUAGGGUAGGGUAGGGUAGGGUAGGGUAGGGUAAGGUAGGGUAGGGUAGGGUAGGGUAGGGUAGGGUAGGGUAGGGUAGGGUAGGGUAGGGUAGGGUAGGGUAGGGUAGGGGUAGGGUAGGGUAGGGUAGGGUAGGGUAGGGUAGGGUAGGGUAGGCUAGGGUAGGGUAGGGAAGGUAGGGUAGGGUAGGGUAGGGUAGGGUAGGGUAGGGUAGGGUAGGGUAGGACAGGGAAGAGUAGGGUAGGGUAGGGUAGGGUAGGGUAGGGUAGGGUAGGGUAGGGUAGGGUAGGGUAGGGUAGGGUAGGAUAGGGAAGAGUAGGGUAGGGUAGGGUAGGGUAGGGUAGGGUAGGGUAGGGGUAGGGUAGGGUAGGGUAGGGUAGGGUAGGAUAGGGAAGAGUAGGGUAGGGUAGGAUAGGGAAGAGUAGGGUAGGGUAGGGUAGGGUAGGGUAGGGUAGGGUAGGGUAGGAUAGGGAAGAGUAGGGUAGGGUAGGGUAGGGUAGGAUAGGGAAGAGUAGGGUAGGGUAGGGUAGGGUAGGGUAAGGUAGGGUAGGGUAGGGUGGUAGGGUAGGGUAGGAUAGGGUAGAGUAAGACAAGGCAAUGUAGAAUAGUAAAUGGUACUGUAACGGCGACUUUCUGACCGAAAAAAACCAUUCUUAUGCCUUUUUGGCUUUAAAAAUGCACAAUUUCUUACUUGUAAUCUCAUUUUUAUUAAGCAUAACUUUUAAAAUUGUAAAACGAAUUAUAUUUUUGCACUUUUAAACUAUUCAUCAAAAUUAUUUUCAAGUUUUACCACAUAAUAUAGCCUAUUUUCGCAAGCCGGAACAAAUAUUUUUCUGUUUUUAACACUUUUUUUUACUUGAAAAACCCCCGCAAAAAGUACGUUCUACGUCAAAACGAGUAAAGAGAUUUGAAUAAAAACAUUUGAAAAGAAAAAACAGUUUUUUGCAUGAAAAAACAUUGGAAAAGCAACAGCAAAGCGGUGUAAAAUUUCAUUGUAAACGAUACGAGGUCAAAAGGUUAGUAGAUAGAGGGAAAUGAGACAAAAUUUAUGACAAAAUUAGUUGAUUUUACGUUAAAAUAAGGAAACAUUGUUAAAAUUAAAAGCACGUGAUGAUUAAGCCUAAAAAGCGAACAGCUUUUAAAAUUAAACUUACUAAGCUUUUUUAAGCCUAAUAAGCUUAGAUUGAGUAAGCUCAAGCCUACAGUGUCUAAGUCUUUUCAGCCUAGUAAGCCUAAGCUUACCAAGCCUUAACCUAAGCCUACUAACAUUGUAAGAUUAAGCUUAAUAAUCCUAAGUCUACUAAGCCUUAGUCUACUAAGUCUAAGCCUACUAAGCUUAAGCCUACUAAGUCUAAGCAUACUAAGCCUUACCCUAGUGAGCUUAAUUUUGCUAAGCCUAAGCCUAUUAAGCCUAAGCCUCUAUAGUCUAAGCUUCCUAAAUCUACCGACUUAAAAAAAGUAAUGUAAAAUACGGAACGGCAGAUUUUUUUUAAUAAAAUUUCCAUCUUUAGGGAGAUAUCGUAGCCCUGAACUGUGUCUCAUCCACGACCAAAGAUGGCGUCAACUCAUCGGGUCGAGUAUGUAUGUGCACCGAAGGCUUCGGUAAUCGUAUGUGUUCGUUGGAGAAUGUCAGUGGAAAAGAUGUACCACCCGACAUAUCCAUGUGCAUGUUCUUCAUCGACAAUGCUUUGUCCGUUCGUGCUCUACAGGAAAUGAUGAGCGCUGAGGGGGAGAUGGUAAGGGUGUUUUUGGUACAAAAUUUUGAUUUUUAGGUAUAAGUGGUACUGUUUUGGGUAACAAAAGUAACAUAUAGGUACUAUAUUGUACGGAUCACUUUAUUUUAGGUACUAUAUAGAACGUGGCUUCUUAUUUUAAGUAUCAAAAACUAAUGUUUUUGCUAUAAAUAGUACUAUUUUAUGUUUCAGAAGAGUAUCUUAGGUAACAAACGAAAUAUAUAGGUACUAUAUAGUACGGAGCACUUUAUUUUAGGUACUAUAUAGUACGUUGCUUUUUAUUUCAAGUACGAAGAGCCUUGUUUUAGCUAUAAAUUGUAUUAUUUUAUGUUUCAAAACAGUAUUUUAGGUAACAAAGCCUAAUAAUUUAGUUAUCUUAACCACCAAAACUAACCUCUUACAAUUUCAGAAAGCCUCAGGCGGUAGUGGAGGUCACAAAACUCUACUAUACGGUCACGCCGUUCAAUUAAAGCACGUUCAAUCCGAAAUGUUCCUAGCCUGCCUAUCCACCUGUACCUCAAACGACAAGAUCGCCUUUGAUGUGGGUGUUCAAGAGAGCAAUGAAGGCGAAGCCUCAUGGUGGACAAUCCACCCAGCUUCGAAACAACGUUCAGAAGGUGAGAAGGUUCGAGUUGGCGACGAUGUUAUCCUUGUCAGUGUGGCUACUGAACGUUACUUGGUGGGUUUUGAUUUUUUUUAAAUUUAAUUUUUUAUUUUUAAAAAUAUUUGAAAAGUUGAAAUUUUUUUAAAUUUUGAAAAUUUUAAAAAUUUUAAAACAUUAAAAAGUUUUAAAUUUGAUAAAUAAUCAUCCACGUGUUCCAGCACAUGGCCGUAGCCAAGAACUUGAUGGUAAUCGCAUCGUUCCAUCAAACUUUGUGGAACAUUACAUCGGUCAGCUCGGGAAGUGUCAGAUCUCGCAAUAUGGGCAAGUAUUUUGAAUUUUUUUCGCUCUUACUAGUCUACUAAUCCUCUCUUAUUAGUCUACUAAACCACUCUUAUUGGUCUACUAAGCCACUCUUAUUAGUCUACUAAGCCGGAGCUUUUUAAGAUUAAGCCUACUAAGCUUAGGUUUAAUAACAAGGAAAGUACCCAAUCUGCCCCACUCAGAAUGAGCUCAAACUUAUAUUAUACUAGGCUUUAUAUAAUAGUUGCCUCGAUGUAAAACGGCCCAACAAAUGACUGCGAGUGCUGGGGUUUGGGUCUAUUUUACUUCGAGGGUCGGGUUUUAUCAGCUAUGUAAUAUGCAAUAAAAUGAACGUGUUAGGCCUAAGCUUUUUAAGCUAUAAGUUUACAAAUCUAAGCUUGUUAAGCUUAAUUUUGAUAAGUCUAAGCUUAAUAAGCUGAAGAUUAUUAAGCCUGAGCCUAAGAAUACAUAAGCCUUCUAAGCUUAAGCCCUCUAAGCCUAAGCCUGCUAAGCCUAAGCUUUCUAAGCCCAAGCCUUCUAAACCCACGCCUUCUAAGCCCAAGCUUUCUAAACAUAAGCCUUCUUAGCCUAAGCCUUCUAAACCCAAGCCUUCUAAGCCCAAGCCUUCAAAGCCCAAGCCUUCUUAGCUCAAGCCUUCUAAUCCUAAACCUAUCAACCCUAAGCUUACUAAUACUAAGCCUUAUAAACCUAAGUCUAGUAAUCCUAAGCGUAGUACUUUCACUUCAUUAUCAGUAAUAAUUAAUAUUGUUUUAGGCUUCUUGUUUGGAAACGAUGUUCUUCGACUGUUUCAUGGUAAUGAUGAAUGCCUUACCAUACCCGAAAAUUGGAGCGACAACUCUCAUAAGUAUGUGGAAAUUUAAAUUUUGAAAAUUAAAAAUUUUUUUUAAUUUAAAAAUUUUAAAUUAAUUUUUUAAAAAUUUUAAUACCUAAAAUGUACCUUAGUAAAGACAAAAAUUACAUUUAAUGACAAAAUAUAACCAGUAUGACAUUUUGACGACAACCCAUUUCUAGCAUGGUGAUCUACGAAGGCGGAAACGCGGUAAAUCAAGCACGUUCCCUAUGGAGGAUCGAGUUGAUCCGCACAAAAUGGCAUGGAGCCAUGGUGGGAUUCGAACAGCCAUUCCGAAUCCGCCACAUUACGACCGGUCGAUAUUUGGCCAUCAAAACGAAAGACGACAGUAUUGCGUCGGAAAACGUUUUGAUCGUAUCUUUGGUUAGAAAAGAGCAGGCUAGUUAUCAGAAGACGGCUUUUGUCAUGUGUCAGAACAAGGUAUGGUUAAAGGGUGUUUAGAGUUGGGGAGAGGGGGAGGUAUGGGUGAUUUUUAAAAGGUGGUAGGGGCGGAGGGCUAAAAAAGGAUUUUCAGGGUAGGUUAGUACCCAAUGUGCGUUUUUUUGUAGGGCGGGGUAAAAAAAAUUCUGAGGAGGGGGGGGUAAGAAUUUUUUUCAGAAGUGUCAUGUAAAAAACUACGCUGAUUAAUUAUAAAUAUUUUUUUAAGUUUUUUUUUGGUAACGGUACCCCCCCCCCUUUCAAAUGAUCCUCCCUACCCUAACCAAUAUGGUUUUGCUAAAGAAAGCCUAAGCCAACUUUAAUAUCCUCAUAAUAACUUUAUAAUCUAACGUACUGUAAACUUUAUGAUACCUUCAGGACCCAAAGAAGCAGAUGCUGGACGAAAAAGAAGAAGAAGGCAUGGGCAACGCUUCGAUCGCCUACGGCGAAACCAACGCUUUCAUUCAACACGUCGACUCCCAGCUAUGGUUAUCCUACAAAACGUCGGAAGUCACCAAGAAAGGUCUCGGCAAAGUGGAGGAAAAGAAAGCGGUACCAUUGAAGGAUGGCCACAUGGACGAUUGCUACACCUUCUUCAUGGCACUGGAAGAAGAAAGCAAAUCAGCCAGAGUCAUUCGAAAGUGCAGCUCUGUUUUGAAUAGGUUCUUGCGGUAAGUCAAGACGGAUAGGGUCAGUUAUCGUGAGGUAGAAUAGGUGGGGAGAAAAAGAGAUAGUAAGCAAUAGAUAUGUAGAUAUUAGGAAGAGUGACCCAUGUAACAUUAAUAUCAAUAUAUUAAGCUUUUCAAAUAAUUUUGUGCCCCUAACCCUCAAAAUUUUAUGUGAGAGAGGGUAUAGAAUUAUUUGAACGGCUUAAUAAAUUGAUAUCGAUGUUGGAUGGCUCAUCAUUUUAUAGAAACAGAUAAGAAAAUUUUUUUUAAAAUUGAACUUGGUCCCCUCUGUGGAUUUUUCCCGAAUUUUAAUCAAAAAAAUUAACAGGGGGGACCAAGUUCAACUUUUUUCAAAAAUUUUUUUAGAAGAAAUUUACCUUCCCCCGCUCCUAUUUAUUUCUAAAUAUUGUUGCUAAGUGGAGUGGAUGGUUUUAGCUUUAAAAUAAGUUGCCAAUUUUUUUUUCAAAAAGUUGAACGUGGUCCCCCGUGUGGAUUUUUUCCCGAAUUUUUAGGAAAACAUUUAACAGUGGGGUCCAAGUUCGACUUCUUUGAAAAAAAAUUUUGAGGUAUAGAAAAAAUAAAGCCCGAAACCUUUAAAAAUGCUCUAGAAAUGAUUGAUAAGACAAUAUGAAGUACAAUAUAUUAUCCUAAACAUUAAAAGAUUAACAAUGUUUCAAAAAUUUCAGAGGAAUCGAAGCAUUGCACACCGAAGGCAACCAGGCCAACGACUGGAACCGGGUAGACUUGAACGAAGUCCUCAAACUUAUGGAAGACCUCAUUGAAUAUUUUGCUCAACCUAACGAUGAAAUGAGUAAGUCAUGAGCCUUGUUAUAACAAACGGUGAUAUUUUCCAGCCUUCGAAGAGCGUCAGAAUCGUUUCCGUGCCCUCAGAAGCCGUCAAGAUUUGUUCCAAGAGGAAGGUGUUCUGAACAUGAUCUUGGAUACAAUUGACAAGUUCAGUGAAAUGGAGUCGCUGCCAAACUUUGCUGGAUUGAUUGGUGAUGAAAACCAAAUGAUUUGGGAGGAAAUCUCAACAUAUCUUUAUCUUCUAGUCGCUGCCAUGAUUAAAGGUAGGGGUUUGGAACUUUUUUGUUAGGAUUACUAUUCUUUGGCCUAAGGAUACUGAGACCGAGCUUUUAAGAAUAAGCCUAGUAAAUAUAAGCCUAAAGAAUCUUAGCCUAGUGAGAUUAAUCUUAGUAGGUCUCAUCUUGCAUAGCUUUAGCAUACUAAGCCUAAUCCUACUAAGCCUAAGCCUACAAAGUCGUAGCCUAUUAAGCCUUAGCCUACUAAUCCUUAGCCAACUAAGGCUUAGCCUACUAAUCCUUAGCCAACUAAGCCUUAGCCUACUAAUCCUUAGCCAACUAUAUAAGCCUUAGUCUACUAGCCUAAGCUUAUCACCCUAAGCCCAAAUUAAUUACGAAAAUCAACCUUCCAGGUAACCACUCAAACUGUGCUCAAUUCGCGGCCGUCCAACGUCUGGACUGGCUGUUCGGCCGUCUUUCAAACCCGCAGUCCGCCGAAGGUAUUCUGGACGUACUGUACUGUGUCUUAACCGAAUCACCCGAAGCCUUAAACAUGAUCAACGAAGGUCAUAUCAAAUCUGUCAUCUCGUUAUUGGAAAAAGUGGGCCGAGACCCAAAAGUAUUGGAUGUGCUGUCAAGUCUAUGUGAAGGUAAUGGAAUGGCCGUGAGAAGUUCGCAGAAUACCAUUACUAACCAUUUGUUACCUGGAAAAGAUCUGCUACUUCAAACCGCUAUGAAGGAUCAGGUAGGGUGGUUUUUUGGUUUAGUGGCCGGAACCCAGACGUAUUUUACAUUAAAAUGAACAUCUUUAAAUUUUGAUCAGUACCAUGGUCGCCAAAUCUCUCCUAACAGUACCAUAUAGCCAAAAUCUAAUCCCCUUCCAAUUCCAGGUAUCCAGCAUGAUGCCGAACAUCCUCGUAGGCCUUGUGGAUGGCAGCUCCUUAUUCAAAAAAUGGUACUUUGAAGCCGAAGUGGAACAUCUCGAAACCAUGACCAAGUCUCCGCCGAUCCUCCGCGUCGGCUGGGCCAACACCGUCGGCUACAAACCCUUCCCCGGCUCGGGCGAUGGCUGGGGAUGUGGUGGAGUUGGUGACGACUUCUACUCAUACGGCUUCGAUGGUUUGUUCAUGUAUUGUUCUGGUAAAGCACGUCAAGUCGGACAUCGAGUGUUCCGCAAAGGCGAUGUUAUCGGAUGUUCGUUGGAUUUACUGGUUCCGGAGGUGAAAUUCUCGCUAAAUGGACAACCUAUUGCGGCUGUCUUCAAGAAUUUCAACGUGGAUGGAUUCUUCUUUCCGGUCAUGUCAAUGUCGGCGAAAGCAAGGUAGGUAAAUAUGCUUGAAUAUGCUUUAGACCCUUGAAUAUUUUUUAGAAGCUUACAGUUACAGAAAAAAGGUCAAGAUUGACUUGUAUUUCAAUGUAAAGUCGUUUAACAUCUAAAAUAAGGUCUGGAAAACUUACAUUUAGUUGGUUCAAGUAUGUAUUCAGGCCUAGAACAAUGUAAAACAUAAGAAAAACCUACUUUUCGUUGAUCCAAGCUUGCUUUUGACCCUAAAAAAUAAAAAUCUUAACAAAUAACUUACUUCUGAGGUUUUUUACUGACCCAGACCUUUCUCCAUGCUUUUACUGCUUCUUAUACCUAAAAUUCAAGCUUUAUACCUAAAAUUAAAAACCUUACUUUCAGUUGCCGUUUCCUCUUCGGCGGAAACCACGGCCGUCUAAAAUACGGUCCACCAACUGGCUUCUCAUCAGUCGUCGAAGCCCUGGACUGUCCGCUAAAAGUCGACGAAUGCCUUUCAUUCGGAGAUUUGGCUAAAACAAUAUACGCUGGACCAUCAACAACUCUUCACGCUAUAGAACCAUUCGUACCAACACCUCUCGACAUAACUGGAGUUAACUUACCAAGCUUUGCCAUCGAAAAUCAUCAACGAUUCGCGGAAAACUUACAUGAACUAUGGGCGAUGAGAAAGAUCGAUCUUGGCUGGUCGUUCGGCGAAGUUAGGAAUGAGAAACACAAACUUCAUCCAUGCUUGACAGCCUUUAAUCAACUCCCAGAAGCUGAACAGCAGUACAAUAUUCAACUGGCUAUUGAUACAAUGAAGGCGAUCGAAGCUUCAGGUAAGGUUUGGUGAGAAAGUGAGGUUGUUACCUAAAAUUAAAAAAAAUAAUAUCGAAGACUGAAAAAACAAGUCGAAAAUUGUUGAAAAGCUAAAAAUAAACCCAAAAUUUCCAGGCUAUCACAUGGUAUCAGACAAACCACCAACUCGUCUUCGCCCAGUUCGUUUAGGGCAACAUUAUGCUCAAGCAAGCAAUGGAUAUAAACCUCAACCUCUGGAUACGCAUGAAAUCGAACUUUCCGAAUCCAUGAAUCCUCUCAUCGACACUUUGGCCAGGAACACUCACAAUGUAUGGGCCAAGGAGAAGAUUCGUCGAGGAUGGACGUUUGGAGUCAGCGAAUAUGUCGAUGCUACACAGAAAAGAAGCCCUCAUCUGGUGCCUUAUGAUCAGGUAAGGGUUGGCAUUUUUUAAAUUAUGGAUGGAAAAUAAGUUGAAUUUGGGUUUUUUUGUUUUUUUUGUUAAAAAAGUGUAAAAGGAUGUCGUUUUUAGUGAAAAUUUAAUGAAAAACGAUCGAAAUCACGUCAAAAUGCCAUAAUGCAUAAUAUUUUACGUUUCAAGUCCAUAAAGUUCACGUUUUCAUCCAUAAACAUUGUUUGCUUUCGAAAUGCAUAAAAUUUUACGUUUUUCGUCCAUAACUCUUUCGCCUGUUCUUUCAAAAAACGUCUAGAAACUAAAGAACGUGCGAUUUCAAGAGAGCGUGAAGAACGUGUGAGAGAAAGUAAGAAAAACAAGAAAAGAGCGUGCUUUUUGAGGAAAGAAUGUCUGGAAGCGCGACAAACCCAACCAAAAAACUAGUGGCAUAUGAAGCCGGGGUAUAAAAGCGAGUCCGGCUUUGCUUACAUUGUUCAUUCCAAAUGGACAUAUACUAAAAUUGGAACAAUACAGAGAAGAUUAGCAUGGCCCCUGCGCAAGGAUGACACGCAAAUUCGUGAAGCGUUCCAAAUUUUUUGUCAAAUUUCGAAUUUUUUAAAAAUUUUUGAAAUAAAAAAAAAUUUUUUUUUUGAAUUGAAAAAAAAAUUUAAAUGAUCUCCAUUCUUUAUGGUUAAUAUAAAAUUUAAAAAAUAAUUUUAGGUAGAUCAACGCAUCAAAGAAGCCAAUCGAGAAGCAGCGGCCGAGAACAUUCGAGCUCUUCAGCUGUUCGGAAUCUUCUUGGAAGCACCAGCGAUUGAACAAGACGAAGCGGCCGAAAAGGAAAUGAGAGCCAUGAAAUCUCAAACUCGUACCUACAGAGCCGAAGCCAAUUACAAAGCGAAUCAGGGGAAAUGGUACUUUGAAUUCGAAGUACUCACCGAGGGAUUCAUGAAAAUUGGCUGGAUGGACAUUUCUGCCAUGCCUGAUACUAAACUUGGUAAGGGAUAUUAGAGUGGGUAUUGUAAGGCAGGGUGUGGUAGAAUAGGGUUGGGUAGAGUAGCGAGGAUAGGCUGGGGUAGGGUACGGUGGAGUACUGUAGGGUAGGAUAGGGUAACGUGAGUACCAUUCUUGCUUAUCUAAUACUAUGUUUUGUACUUUAUCAUCAUAUAAGUUUUAAAUUUUAUAGGUAUGGAUGACAAAUCCUACGGUUUUGACGGCUUCUUGUGUAAGAAAUGGCAUCAAGGAGCUGAAACUUAUGGCCGAGAAUGGAAGGUCGGAGAUAUUGUGGGCUGUUUCUUGGACUUGAACGAUCGUACAAUAUCAUUUUCAUUGAAUGGAGAACUCUUGUUGGUAUGUUACGGCGGGUUAUUUUAUUUUUUUUGUAUUGGGGUGGAGAAGGGGGUGGUUUUUAAAUUUUUUAAAAAAUUUUUAAUUUUGAUUUUUUUUUUAUAUGUUGUUUUUUUAAAUGUGAAAUUUUAAAUAAAUUUGAUUUCAGGACCCCUCCGGCAGUGAAAUGGCAUUUGACAAUGUAACACCGAUUGAUGGCUUUGUACCAGCAAUGACAUUGGGCGCAGGUCAAAGAGCUCGACUCAAUUUUGGCCAAGAUUCAAAUUCAUUGAAGUUUUUUACAACUUGUGGUCUACAGGAAGGCUACGAACCUUUUUUGUGUGUAAGUUUUAAAAUUUUUGAAAUGCAAACUUUUUUUAAAAUUUUUAAAUAUUUGAAAACCAAAAAAAAUUUAUUUUUUGGACGUAUUAUUAUGAAAAUUAUACAAAAAUGGCUCAAUAUAACAUUUUACAAUUUUAAAUUUAUUUUUUAUACAAGUUACAGUAGUUUAAAUUAAGAUUUUUUAUUGCACCGUGCAGUCAUUUAAUGCUUGCACCGUGCAGCCUAUAUAAUUUCCACUGUUGCACCGUGCAACGAAAUAAUCAUUGCACGGUGCAAUAAAAAAUCAUUUCAAGAAAUGAAAUAAUUUUUAAAUUUUUUGUAAAAUACGGCGUGGUUACGAGUAGUGAUCUAAAACGUAAAAAGUAUACUUUAUAAUAAUGCAAAAAGCUAAAAAAAUAUAUUAAUAUGCACCUUAUAGCAACAUGUACCGUCACAUGCCAAUGUGGUACUCAAAACAUUUGCCAACGUUUCAUGAGAUCAGCGAAUGGUCUAGAAUGGAAGUGACUCGUGUACCACCAACUGCCACCUCACCACCGUGUCUUAAGUUAAGCCAAAAGGCUACGAAUAAUGACAGUUUUACGGAAAAAGCCAAAAUGGAGUUUAUCAGACUGUCAUUACCUAUCAGAUGCAAGAAACAGUUCGUCAAGAACAAGUAAGGAUGUUUGUAGGAUUGUACUAGGGUAGAGUGGGUGAGGAAGAAUGUAGGGCAGGGUAGAGAACUUUAUGAAAUUUUUUUCUAAAACCAAGGCUGGAGUACAGUAAGGUAACUAGGGUAAGGUGGGGUUGGGACAUAGGGUACAGUAGUAGGUGAGGCUGAGUAAGGAUAUACAUGGUAGGGUACGGUAUGGCAACUGUAGGGCAGGGGUUUACAAGGAUGAGGUUGGGCAGGGUAUGGUAAGUUAUGGUAUGGGUAGGGCAGAGUACUGUAGUAGGUGAGGCGGGGUAAGAAUAGGCAUGGUUGGGUACGGUAUGACAAGGGUAGGGUAUGGGCGGGUAGGGUAAGUUAAGGUAUGGGUAAGGUAGGGUACCGUAGGGUGGGUAAGGAUUGAAAUGGUAGGAAGUUGUAUGGCAUGGGUAAGACAGAGGUAUGCAAGGGUAUGAUAGGGUAGGGUAGAGUGAGUAGUGUAGGUUAGGAUUGGGUACGGUAGGGUAGGUUAGGAUUGGGUACAGUAUGGUAGGGUACGGUUGGGUGGGUUAGGGUAGGGGUAGGGGUUGGUAAAAUACGUCAUUUUGAGUUCUUACGACUAGUAAAAAACCUUUUAUAACCUCUUCAGAGACCGAGAAGCCAUAAUGAAAGCGAUGCAAGAGCUUCAAAAGCGGAAUCCAUCGAUUGCCACUAUAAAAUCACCUGGAUUGCCAAAAGAAUUCGAAGAUCAGGCUGAUAAGAAGAGGAAGUCGAUUGGAAAAACCUUACUUUCGGCUUUCAGACAUAAUAGUCAUGAUGACGAUGCUAAAUCACAUACGAAUGCAUCAUUUGAUGGUAGUAGUUAUCAUGAAAGUUUGGAGCCACCAGCUUUGUCGUAAGUUUGACUUUACUUUUUGACCUUUUCUAGCUUUCUUCUUGGCCGUUUUGCUAGAUUUUCUUGUUUUAACUAGGUUAAGUUGUCGUAUUUUAGUAAACACAGUACUUUUUUGAUUGGUACUAUGUAUGAAAAGUACUAUUUUUGAUUAGUACUGAAUAGCAAUCGUACUUUUAUGGUAAGUACUAGGUAAAAACGGUACUAUUUUUGAUUAGUACUAUUUAGAAAUAGUACUUUUUUGGUUAGUACUGUAUAUAAACAGCACUUUUUUGACCAAUUCUAUAUAACAGAUGUUAUAGUAGGUUCAUAUGUUGAAAAAUUUAACAGUUUGAAGUGUUACUAAUACUAUAACACACUAAAAAUGACAUAAAAAAACUAAAAAAUUGAAGGUUUUGGCUUCUAUAAGAGCUUACAAAAGUCUUGUCGUUUUUUAACAGGGGAGUCAAUGCAAAUUAGCGACAAAUCUUUUUUUUUACGGAUUUUGUUGUUUUUUCUAGGGCUGGGGAUUGUAUUAGGGGAUGUUAACAUAUCCUUAAUCAUAUGAAAUUUAAAAAAAAUUUUGAAAUUCCGAGAUUCUUAAAAUUUUUUGAAAUUUUUGAAUUUCAAACUUAUCGUUGCACAAUUUUGGUUGAUAUACAUAUUUAUGUUCGUAAAACCAAAAAUCAGUUACCUACAAUAAUAUAACGUAUGUCACCAACUGCUUUGAUAACUUGUCCCUCAGCACGUUUAACCCAAUCACGCUUAAAGACAGCGACGUCGUGUGUUAACAAUGAUCCAUUUUGGCCUGCAUUCCUUCGAUGAAACAGUUUUUACAUGGCUGAAGACUGAAGACCAGAAUCAUGAACAGUUCUGGGUGGAUGGCGUCAGGUAGUACUAUUCAAGUGUUGAUGGUCGUACUUUGUGAAUUGUGCUUUAAGUUGGUUUUUGCGGUGUAGUGUUUAGUGCGAUCAUCGUAAAGUGAUGGUGAUACUCCUACUUCUACCCUAUUCUACCCUACUUUACUCUAUCUUAUCUUAACAUACCCUAUCCUACUCUGAAUGUUUACCCCGCCCAAAACUUUCACCUUGCCUAAAAUGUUACCACGCCCAUGUUUGACUGUCCCUAAAAUUUUUCUCGGCUUAAGGUUUUAUCUUGCCUAAUACUUUACCCUGCCCAAAGCUUUAACCUGCUUAAGAUUUCAUCCUGCUUAAAACUUUUAACUUGUUUAAAAUUUUACUCUGCCCAAAAGUUUUAACCAGCCUAAAAUUACACCUCGCUCAAAGGUUAACCCUUGCCCUUUUACCCUAUUCUUAUCCAGCCUUGUGCUUUAGAAUCUGAUACUUCCAUAGUCUUUAAUCGUUAUUUAGUAGACCUAAAACUGAGAAAAGCCCACUUGGUCCUUUACUGGCCUAUCAUAUAGUUUUAUAUGUUGUGUUUUGAUGUGUUAUGCUAUGUUUUCUGCUGUGAACUUGCACUUUUAACGCUAUGCACAAAACUGGUUUGAGCUACUAACUGCUUUAUCUUUCAAAUUAACAUGUUCAUCUACCUAAAAUUUAUUUUAAAAUUAGUUUUACAUUUCAAAAUGAACUAGUUUUUAUCUUAUUUUACCAAAAACUCUUAACGUAGAUGUACGUAUUGAUGCUAACUGCUGACCUUUUCUUUUUUUCUAUUGUACACAGUGGUACGCCAUCUUAUGCUAUCGUAUGCUAUCGUACUUUCGCUGCUAUAACAUUUUCAACUAUUUUCUAGAUAUAAAAAAGGUGUUUAAAUGUAAAAUAAGAUUAUGUUGUUGUAGGAAAUCAAGCCAUUUGGAUAUGUCUACGGAAGAACGAGCUCUAGCGGCCGAAAAACUGCGAGAUAUGACAAAACAAGGUGGUAAUGUUCACAAAAAGUCUUCCGGAUUCUUGAAUCGAAUCAGAGAACGAAGGGAUAAGAGCAAGUAAGUAGGGUUUGGUGUGGGGAAGGGGCGUGGUGAGGAUGGGAGGAUAAAGCCAGAUAGGAUAAGAGUUAAAACACAACAACAUUAAAAGGCAGGGUAAAAUUUUAAAGAGGUGGGGGGGGUGGAUAAUUGUUGAGAGUUGGGCAAACGAUAAAGUAUGGUAGGAUAAGUCUAGGUUAUGGCUACGGGCAAGUAGGGUAGGAUAGGGUAGAGUAGGGUAGGUAGGGUAGGGUAUUAUAGGGCGUAGUAAUGUGAGGUUGAGCAGGGUAGGGUAAGGAGUCAUACAUAUUUUGUUACCUAAAAUUAAAAAGACUUCAAAAAGCUCAUUUUAGAGACGACCGUUCAAGUGAAAAGAAGACCCGUUUAGAUGAAGACCCCAAAUCAGUAAAAAGCUUCGAUUUGGCUUCAGCAACUGAAUCUAUGUCUCGUCAUGAAAGUCGAGACCUUUUGAGCGGUGAGGAUGUUUUAUUUUUUGGGAAUUUGCCAUUCGGUUUAUAUUUGACAAUAUUACUAUAAAUGCAGUCAUGUUUGGCUAAAGGAUAGGUAAAGAUUAUAGAAAAAAAGCUAGAAAAAGAAAAUUUUAAAAAUUUUAUGCGUAAUAUACAUGUGUUUGAAAAUUUUUAUGCGUAAUAUUGAGUCGAUCAACUUUGAUUCAAAUUUUAUGAUAGUUGUUAGACAUCUAUUUUGAAAAAACUUUACGAAUCAUAUUGUAAAAGGCUUUACUAUUGAUUUACAAGUAAUUUUAUGUCUUAUUGUUACCUACUCAUCGAGUUACAUGUGUUUGAACAUGCUCAUCGACUUUUUUGAAAUUCUUGACUGUGCCAUCUAGAAUAAGAUGUAGCUUUCUGGAGAGACUAAAAAGGCUUAUGAUUUUGGUUUAGAUAGAUUUAACAUGAAAUAAGCUUUGAUAUGAUAUAUAAUUUAUAGAAAUGGGUAACAUAGUUUUUGAGAUAUAGGUCCGAGACUUCUGAUAUUGUUAUAGGUGAUCAAAGAUUUUUUUGAAAUUUCAAAAAUGGCCUUUAGAUUGAUGUUAUUCUUUAAAGUUAUAUAUUCAUAUCAUUAAUAAACAUCCUUUAAUACCGUUUAUAAUGCUUCACAUCAACUUACUUUAAAAACCUCAACGUUACCUUGCUUUAGACAUGCCCCAAUCAGGCCCAGGCCGAGCCUCCUUCCGUCGUGGAUCAAAGAAACGAAAAGGUGGUCGAAAGGAUCGAUCUCCAUCAAUGCCUGACAAAGAACCUCGACUCUCCGUAGCACCUACUGAUGUCACAGAUGGUGGAACUUCUGUCGACGAUGACAGUUUCGCCAUGACACAGUUGGCCGAUCAAAUCGACGAUUAUUACUAUGGCGUCCGCAUCUUUCCUGGUAUGUUUUUGAGAUUUUUUCUUUGGUUUUUAGGUAACAAGUGAUGGAUUUUUUGGCUUUUAGGUAAAAAAUUUGAAGUUUUUGGAUUUUUAGGGAACAAAUUUGAAAUUUUUGGGUUUUUAAAGGUAACAAAAUUUAAUUUUUUUUGCUUUUUGGGUAACAAGUGACGGACUUUUUGGAGUUUUAGAUAACAAAUAAGGUGUUUAAGAUUUUUUAGGUAACAAAUUUGAAGUUUUUGGGUUUUUAGAUAACAAAUAAAAGUUUUUUGGGAUUUUAGGUAACAAAUUUGAAUUUUUUUGAGUUUUUAGGUAACAAAUUUGAAUUUGUUUUGGUGUUUUAGGUAAGAAAUUUGAAAUGUUCUUAAAAUUUUUUAUUUUUGUUACUUAAACUACGACUUAGUGCUUUUUUGUUACCUAAAACACUAUUUUUUGCCAUUUUGUUACCUAAAAUACGAUUUUUGUUAUUUAUUCUACAAACAUUAUUCCUAACAAACAUCCCUUCAGGACAAGACCCAGCAAACGUAUGGGUAGGCUGGGUAACUCCUCAAUACCACAGUUAUGCUCAAAGCUUCAACGCGGCCGAAGCGGUUCGAAAGUGUCGUUUCACCGAAAUUGACCAUCAUGGUAUACCAUCGGACUCGGUCGAGUACCGCAACUGCUACAUGUUGAAUGCGCAAGAACUUUUGAAUCAAGUCUCAGAUGGCACUAAUACUAAAGUGUCAGGACUGCUUAUUGGCUGUAUUGUGGACAUUUCGUUGGGAGAGUUGUCUUUUUUGGCCGCUGGGCAAGAUACUGGAAUGAAGUUUAAGCUGGAGCCAGGUGGGUUUUUUGGGGGUGGAUGUUUGAGAAAGGGUUAAGAAAGAAUGUUGUAGUAGGUAUAGGCGUUCAGAAAAAGGUUUCUUUUAAAGGUUUUGAGUUAAAAUUUUGGAAAAAAAUUAUAUUAUAUUAGGUAUAGGGGGUCAGAAAAAGGUUGUUUUUAAAGGUUUUGGGUCAAAAUUUUGAAAAAAUGAUGUUAUAGUAGGUAUAGGUGUUCAGAAGAAGGUUGUUUUUAAAAGUUUUGGGGAAAAAUUUCGAAAAAAGUUAUAUUGUAGUAGUUAUAGAUGUUCAGAAAAAGGUUGUUUUUAAAGGUUUUGAACUAAAAUUUAAAAAAAAUAUAUUGUAGUAGAUAAAGCAGCAAGCCUUGUUUCUCUAUUUUCAGACUUAUUUUUUGAAGAAAGUUUAUAUUAUAGUAGAUGAGGAAGCUCAUAAUGGCGUUGCCUUUCAAUUUUUUAAAAUAAAUUUUUUCAAUUUUAAGUUUUGUUUCAGGUGCCAUGCUGUACCCAGCAGUAUUUGUCACACCGACAACUCAAGAGAUUCUUCAAUUCGAAUUGGGUCGUCUAAAAUACUACUUCCCAUUGUCAGCAGCGAUGUUCAAGUCUUCACACAAGAGCUUGAUACCUUACUGUCCACCCCGAUUGACUGUACAAAAGUUGUACCCACGGUACUGGUCUCGAGUACCUAACGAAUGUCUGCGUACUACAGCGUUGAAACUCAGUGAUGUUAGAGGUAAGUGUGCGGGGGGGGCAGGGGGUGCAGUAACUUGGGGUAAGGUAAGGUCCCGAGUAGGUUGGGGUUGGGAGGAUGAUAAGGUAGCGUUACGGUAAAGUAGGGUUACCGUAAAGUAUGGAGGGUUGCUAUAAGGAUUUGUAAGGUUAUGAAAAGGGGUUGAGCUACUGAAGUUUGGGUAGGUAUAUGGUAAGGUAGGGUACGGGUGCUGCAGGGUGAGAAAAGAUGCUGUAAAGAAGGGUAGUGUAAGGUGGGGUAGGGCUACCGUUAGUUGAGUAGAGUAGGGGUACUGUAAUUUAGGGUAGGUAUAUGGCAAAGUACGGUAGAGGUACUGUAAGAUAUGAUAGGUAGGGUAGGGUAAGGUAAGGUAGAAUAGCAUAAGGUAGGGUAAGGUAGGGUAUGGUAGAAUAGGGUAGGAUAGUGUAAGGUAGGAUAGAAUAAUGCAUGGUAGAGUAGAGUAGAGCAUUGACAAAGAUUUAAAUACCGUAACUUGCGGCUGAGUUACUGUAAGGUACUGCUGAGUUAUUAUAACGUACUGUUGGGCUGUCGUAAAGCGAAUUAGGUCACAGUAUUUCUUUUCGCGCCUCUUUAAUAAUACUUACUCUUCCAGGCUGGUCCGUCCUCUGCGAUGACCCAGUACGAACCCUCAUGGUGUAUAUCCCAGAAAAAGAUGCCGCAGUCGAUAUCCUGGAGCUGAUAGAAAUGCCAGAACUGUUAACCUUCCACAGACAAACUCUGAACUUGUACUGUAGAUUGGCUUCACAUGGAAAUCAAAAGGUGGCUCAUAUACUGUGCCUACAUGUAGAUGAGGAUCAGUUGAUGUAUGGAGUGAAAUGUCAUUGUAAGUGGGGUGGAUUGCUUAAUUUAUGGUUUUUUGUUACCUAAAAUACGAUUUUUUUGAAUUUUUGUUACUUAAAAUACGAUUUUUUUGACAUUUUUGUUACCUAAAAUAUGAUUUUGUGGCAUUUUUGUUACCUAAAAUAUGACUUUUUGGUAUUUUUGUUACCUAAAAUACGAUUUUUUUUUGAAUUUUCGUUACUUAAAAUAUGUUUUUUUGGUUUUUUUGUUACCUAAAAUACGAUUUUUUUAAAAUUUUUGUUACUUAAAAUAACCUUUAUCUCAACUUCAGACAUGUCCGGACCGAUUCGCCAAGGAGUACAUGACUUUAUCAUCGCCGUUCACCUCCAAACCCACGCCGGCUCUCGUCUCUCCACCUCGAAAGAGUACGUGGUACCGCUGGUACCCGAGCUCACCGGUAUGGACGUGUUCGAUUCGGAAGCCGAAGGCCGAUACCCACAUGUGUUAGGGCCCACCGUCUCGAUUCUACCGGUAAUGAAGGCGGAGGAGAUACGAACAGACUUUGGCGUGGAUGAGGAGUCUAGGAUCUUGCCUCCGGCAUUGAACUUCGAAAGUCUGAAAAAUCAAGUCAUGAUCGCGUUCAGGUCGGCUACUGAGAAUGCUGUCAUGAAUUGUCGAGACCUGAUCGGUGGAGACAAUCUACAUCAUUUCGAACCGAUUUUGAAGUUGUUUGAUGCUCUGUUAGUGAUUGGAAUGAUCAAUGAUGACGAACUGAUCGAAGUCAUGACUUUGAUUCACCCAAUCGCUUUUGAUGAGAACUAUUCACCUGGUAAGGGGACAUUGACUUUUUUGAAUUGAUUUAGUAGGGUUGGCUAGGAAAAGUUACUGUAAUUUUUAGAGUAAGGUGGGGUCGGAUAGGGUGGUAGUGUAGGGUAGGGGAAAAAUAAGGUAAUGUAAGGUAAGGUAGGGUAGAGUAGAGAUAAGGUAGAUUAGGGUUAUCGUAAGAUAGAGUAGUACUACGGUUGAGUAAGGUAUGGUUACUGUAAGGUUGUUUGAGAGUAGGAUUACGGUAAGACAGGGUAAGCUCACGGUGAGAUAGGGUAGGGCUAUUGUAAGGUCAAGUAAAGCUACGAUAAGUUCAGAAUUCUACUACCGUGGGGAUUUGUAUGGUUACGAUAACGUUGAGUAGGGUUAUCGUGAGGUAGAGCAGUUCUACUGUAAAGUAGGGCUACUGUAAGUUCAUGUGACUGUGUUAAGGUAGAGUGGGGACAAGAUAAUGUAAGAUAAGGUAGGACUACUGUAAGGUAAGGCUUAAAAUAAUUUUAAUUUUAUACUACUGUAAGAUCAAGUGACAAGGUAAAGUAAGGCUACAGAAAGGUAGUGUAAAGCUACUGUAAGGUAUGGUAGGGAUACUGCGAGUUGUUGAAGUGCUACUGUAAAGAUAGGUAGGGCUUCGGCGCGGUAUAAAUAGGUAGGGUAAAUCAUCAAAAACGGGUAGGACUACUAUAUAAUAAGGAAAGUCUAGUAUGAUAUAUGGCAUUACGAUUGAAAAGUUAUGGUAAAAUACGGUCGAAGUUAGCGGCUUCUAAAAAAUUUAAAAUUAUGGCCAAAAUUUAAAAUUUCAAAAUUUAGAAAUAUCAGAAUUUGAUAAAAUUUAAAGCUUUUUUAAUUCCAGGAACAAUGACCAAAGGCCUAACCGAAAUUGAGCUAGCCGAAGGAGUGAAGCUUCAAUUAGUCAACAUUCUUGACCACAUUUGUGACAUUCAGCUUCGUCACCGUGUCGAAUCCCUAAUCAGCUUCUGCGAGACCUUUGUCGGCGACCUACAACAAGAUCAAUGUAAACGCUACAUGGAUAUCAAGCAAACCGACAUGCCUCCGGCCGAAGCCGCGAAACGUACGAAGGAAUUCAGAUGCCCACCAAAGGAGCAGAUGUUCCGCCUUCUCAACUGUAAGGUCAAGGAAGAGAAGACAGCACUACUACUGGAUGAGGACGUUGAGUACGAUCAAUGCCCGAUGACAGAAUCCCUGCAAGACGAACUACGCGAAUUCUGUAGCCUCCUGGUGGAGAAGAUUGGAUGUGGCAAGGAGGAGGAGACGAAUCAGAAGGCCAUAACCUCAUCGUCAAAAGAUGACGACAACUCAUGGGUCGAUAACCUGGCUCAACUGGUCGUAUCCGUACCACCAGCACCCGAGAACGUGGAUCAGAAUGUGGCGAAGCACGGCACGGAGAACUUUAGACGAAUGAUCAUCGAAACCCUGAAGAAGUGGGCUGGAGAAUCUGAAAUCGAAUCUAACGAACUUAUCAGACGGAUCUUUAAGCUGCUCCUAAGACAAUAUACUGGAGUUCGUGAGCUGAUUGAUGCCAUGCAGCUUACGUAUGUUCUACACGAACGCAACGUGAACGAUGUAGAAGCCUUCAUCGUGUAUCUGAUGCAAAUCCGAGAACUCUUGAAGGUACAGUUCGAAACAUACGAAGAAGCCAUCUUAAAACGAGGCCUCUGGCAACUAAUGAACAACCGCAUCUUCUUCCAACAUCCCGACCUCAUGAGGCUACUCAGAGUCCACGAAGACGUCAUGACCAUCAUGAUGAACGUCCUCACCGCCCAACAAUCAGCAGCCGACAACGAUAUCAUAGACGAGACCGGAGCAACAGCCAAUGUCAAAGACGCUAGCGAGAUGGUCGUAGCCUGCUCCAGAUUCCUCUGUUACUUCUGCCGCACCUCACGCAUGAAUCAGAAGGCCAUGUUCGAGCAUCUGAGCUUCCUACUCGACAACGCCACAAUGCUACUGGCUAGGCCAAGUCUAAGAGGAUCAGUCCCACUGGAUGUGGCAUACAGCAGCUUCAUGGACAACAACGAGCUAGCCCUGGCGUUGAAGGAGGAAGAACUCGACAAAGUCACGAUAUACCUCAGCAGAUGUGGUCUUCAAUCCAAUUCCGAGCUGCUAGCCAAAGACUACCCUGACAUUGGCUGGGACCCGGUCGAAGGCGAACGAUACCUAGACUUUCUCAGGUUCUGUGUCUGGAUCAAUGGCGAGAAUGUGGAAGAAAACGCGAAUUUAGUGAUUAGACUACUGAUCAGAAGGCCAGAAUGUCUAGGAGUGGCUCUGAAAGGCGAAGGACAAGGGUUGUUCGCCGCCUUCAAAGAGGCUAUUGUACUAUCGGAAGACAUAAGAGCACUGGAAGAGGGAGAAGACACUCAGUUCUUGCAUUCCCCGAUUUUGAAAGAUCAUGGGUAAGAUGCCCUAAAGUCAUAAUUUUAAUAAAGUUUUUAAAAAUCUUAAAUUUUAUUUUUUAUAUUUUUACCAUGCCCUAAGGUUAAAAUACGCAUUUUCACGCCCAUUUAAAAAAAUUUUUCAGAAAAUACCCUUCAAAAGAGGUGGAAGGAGAAGACUACGUCGAUCUAGGCGCAGCCAUUCUCGACUUCUACUCAUCAUUGGUCGAUUUGCUAGCCAAAUGUGCCCCAGACCCCUUAACCAUCCAGGCCGGCAAGGGUGAUAGUGUUCGUGCUCGUGCCAUUCUUCGUUCACUCAUCUCACUAGAAGAUCUGGGUCGAAUCCUGGCUUUGAGAUUCACCAUCCCCAACUUGGCGUUGGCGUCGGCCGACGGUAAAACGCGUCACCUACUGUAUUCAGGUCCUGUCCAUUCGCUUCGUUGCCUACCUCAAUUCAUUGACACUACUAACACGUUUGCUAACAUUGCUGCUAACCUUACAGCUCAGUUGAAUCAGGACCAUCAGCGGAGAUACGCGAAGAGGGAUAAGAUGCUGAGUAGUACUGGUGGUUCGAUUGGUGGUAGUCGGUAUCAAGAUAUUGGUCAUGGUAGUACUAGGUAUCAUGAUAGUGACCAUGGUAGUACCAUCAGCCCAAGUGGUACUCAUAAGACUAUACUGGAUAGUAUUGGCCAUGAUAGUAAUAGAAAAGGUAGUACUGGCCAUGAUAGUACCAUUACGUCUAGUACUAGCCAUGGUACUAACAAGAAAUCUAGUACUAGCCAUGAUGGUAAUAAAACGUCUACUACAAGCCAUAACACAACUAUACAAGCUAGUACAGGCCAUGAUAGUACUAGAAAAUCAAAUACCAUGCUAUUCAGUACCAGCCAUCACCCCAGUACCAUGACCUCAAGUACCACCUUCCCAUCUACUACAACAUCCCAAAACACCACCAAAUCAGGUCGACGAGCAUCACAAUGCAACGGAAAACUCCCUGGUACUAAGCCAGUACAAAAAAUUUCAGCACCAUGCAUACUGAAACGGCCUAGCCAAAAACUGCGCCGUCAGUUCAGUUUAGAAGCCUCACCCACGCCUCCAGGAAAACAUCGAAAAUUCUGCUCAAUGGACCACAGCCUAAGGCGUUUGACCGAAGAAGACGAUCCUGAUGAAGACAGUACGAGUGUCUACACCACGCCAAUGGCUAGUCCAAUGAAUCGACGCAGGAUCAUAAAGUACAAUUCCAAUGUUUUUUCGAUUAAAAACCGGAAAAAAGGCUUUCGACAGAAGCGAGCCCAUUCUUGUACGUCUAACAGGCUUUUUGGUGUGAUUAAUAUUGUUUUAGGUGGUGUGAUGGGUGUUUUAGACAUUGUGAUGGAUAUUGUUUUAGAUAUUAUGGUUGGAUUCGUACUGGUUUACAUGGCAAACUUGAUAUUUUUUGUUUAGGUUGAUAUUGUAGUAGGUAUUUUGAUGGUUAUCUUGUUAUUUUUUUAUAUAUAGCCAUUGCUGACCAUUUUUUAGGUAUUGUGGUGGUUUUUUGAAGUAAAACGUGACGUGCUGUGCCGUGAUUAAUAAUGUUUUAUGUGUUUUGAUGUGUUUGAUAUUGUUUUAGAUCAUUUAUCGAUUAAUGUAAUUUUGUUUUAGGUCGUAUUUCAAAAAGAUUGAUAUUGUUCUCGAUUUUUUGUUUAAAUUUUAUAUUGUGUUAGAUCAUAUUUUGAAGUGUUCGAUAUUAUUUUAGGUAUUUCUGUCAAUUUAUUUUAUUAUCUUAGGUAUUUCUAUUGAUUUCGGAUAUUGUUAUAGGUAUUCCUGUCGAUGUACGUUGUUAUUUUAGGUAUUUCUAUUGAUUGUCGAUGUUUUUUAAAUAUUUCUAUUGAUUUUUGACAUUAUUUUAGGUUUUUUUUUCUUCAUUUUUUAGAAACCUAACGUGAUUAACGUUCUAUAACGUGCUGUGCUGUGAUUAGUAGUGUUUGUUGUAUGUCUACUUUGAUAUAUUGAAAUAAUAAGUUUAGGUAUUAAAAGUGUUCCAAGUGCUAAAUUUUAAUUUUUUAAAAUUUUGCUAUUUUUGAACUUCGAUCAAAAUUUUAAAAUAUCACAAAAUUUUUUGAUAAAAAAGUUUAAAAUUUUGUAAAAUUUUAAUAUUUUUUUUUAUGUUACUCCAUGUUUUUUAUUGUUAACAUAGUGUUUUGCUGUGAAUAAUAUAACUGUUACUAACAUUUGUGCUUGUGGUGGACCCCCGCUCAGCUAACUCUAUGUUAUUGUCCACGUCGUACAGUCUGUCAAUGUGUCAAAAUACGAAAAAUAAGUUUUGAAUUUUCAAUUUUUAGAUAUGGGACCAUUGCCAGGCCUCCUACCCAAUCACAAACAGUCGAUUUUAUUGUUUUUGGACCGAGUUUAUGGCAUCGAUUCACAAGAAAUGCUGAUGCACUUUUUGGAACAGAGCUUCUUGCCGGAUUUGAGAGCUGCCACUAUGAUGGAUUCGGUGGGAGUUUGGAUUUUUUACCCCUACCCCUGCCUUGAAACUUAUCCAAAAACCUCAAACAGCCAUAAAUUUGACCCUGCCCAAAAGCUGGUCUGCCCAAAAUUUUACUCUGCCCAAAAUUUUUUUUGUUUAAGCGUUUGAACUCUUACUCUAACCUAGAUUUUACCCCUCCCCCCCCCCCUUUUUUCCUGUUCAAAAAUUUACCCUGCUUAAAAUUUUACCCUGCCCACCAUUUUACACCGCCGAAAAUUUUACCCUGCCUAAAAUUUUACCCUCCCUAAAAUUUUACCCUGCCACAAUUUUUUUCUGCUUAAAAUUUUACCCUGCCUAAACUUUUACCCUGCCUAAAAUUUUACCCUGCCCAAAUUUUUAUCCCGCCAAAAAUUUCACUCCGCCCAAAGUCUAACUCCAGCUUUUUCUUACUCUAUACCUUUUCAGCCCCGCGCCCUAGAAUCUGACACAGCCCUAGCCCUAAACCGUUACCUCUGUAACGCCGUACUGCCUCUACUCACCAAUCACUCUCACUUCUUCGCCGAUGCGGAGCACCAUUCAGCCCUACUCGAUGCUACACUUCAUACUGUCUACAGAAUGAAUCGCCUUCGCUCUCUGACCAAGAAUCAACGUGACGCUGUCAGUGACUUCCUUGUAGCCUUGACUCGAGAAAUACCACCAGCCAUGAUGAUCAAAUUACUGCGCAAAGUCAUUAUAGACAUUCAACAGAUGCACGAAAAUGUGUUGGUACCAUUAAGGAUUGUCACAUUGCACUAUGAGAGGUGCAACAAGUACUACGGUAGUGGAAACAGCUACGGUGUGGCUACGGAAACAGAGAAACGUCUAUCCAUGUUACUGUUCUAUGCCAUCUUCGACUCACUAGGAAGUCAGCCUUACGAUCCUGAGCUGUUCGGCAAAGCUUUACCUUGUCUAACAGCGAUUGGCAGUGCCAUUUCGCCUGACUAUGCCUUGACUAGCGGCUCGGAACGUUCCGAACUGGCCAAAGCACAGGAAGACGAAGGUGCUUGGGUACCCAAACCUACAGAUGACAGUAAGAUUGGCCUAAACGCUGACCUAAACACCAUGGUCACAAAGUUCGCGGAACAUUUCCACGACUCCUGGGCUAGCCGAAAGCUGGAGAAAGGCUGGACUCACGGUGAACUAUAUUCAAGACAAGAACUCACCCACCCAAGAUUGCUGCCAUUCAAAGAGCUCAAAGAAUAUGAACGUGACUUCUACAAAGAACGAUGUGCCGAAUGCCUCCGAGGCCUGCUAGCCUGGAACGUCAACUUCGAACUGGUCGAUCAUGAUGCCCACGAGAAAGCGAAUCAAGCCCGGGCUGCCAGUGCCUAUCAUGGUGGAGAUUACAACCCCAAACCCAUCGACCUGUCCAACAUGACAUUGGAGAAGGAGAUGUUGAAUAUGGCGGAGAAGAUGGCGGAAAACUCGCACAAUAUUUGGUCGAAAAAGACCUUCAACGAGUUGGGCAGUAGUACUGGCGCCAACAUGCCAUUAACCUUGGUACCCUGGGACUUAUUGACUGAUUUUGAACGACGAAAGAACCGAUUCCGUGCUCAGGAGAUUCUCAAGUUCUUCCAGUAUCACGGCUACAGAAUGACGAUAGACGAGGCUACGGAAGACCGUGUAGAGAGGACAAAGUCUGAAGGCGAAAGAAGUUCGGUCGAGAAAAGAUUCGCUUUCAAUUUACUAGAGAAACUACUACAAUAUCUGGAACAGGCUUCAUUCCGUAUGAAGUCAGUCAAGCCAUCGGAAGAGUUGACACGUCGAAAUUCUUUCAAAAAAGAAGGUCAAGAUGUGAAGUUCUUCGAAAAAGUGGUUCUACCUCUGAUUCAUGCCUACUUCAACGCCCACAAGAACUACUUUUUGGCUAGUUCAAGCAUCGUCCAGACUGGCAUGGCAUCAAACAAAGAGAAAGAAAUGGUAGCCAACCUGUUCUGUCGAUUGGCCGCGUUGCUUCGUAUCAAGAAUCAUGCGUUUGGCAGUGUAGCCAAAAUCACCGUGAAGUGUCUACAAGGACUAACUCAAGCGCUGGACCUCAGGACCUUGGUGAAGAUCAACUCAGAUAUUGUUCGGACAGGCCUAUUGACCUUCUUCAACAACUGUGCUGACGAUCUCUUCGCGGCCGUUAAAGAGCUAAAAGAAAACGGGCAAUACGCUCUGUUAAGAGGUGAUAACCUACGAUCCUGGAUCUCUCUCGAAUUUGCAUAUCAAAUGAUCAUACCAGUCCUAACCACAAUGUUCCUACAUCUAGCCAAAAAUCAUUUCGGAACCGACCUACUACUAGAUGACAUCCAAGCCGCGUGCUACAAAAUGCUCGAUAGUAUGUACAUGGUAACCACAUUGAGUACGAACUACGUGCACAGAAGAAGCAUCCAGUACGAAGUCGAGAAGCAUCGCUCCGGACUAGGCCAAUGUUUAAGCGCUUUCGCUAGCUGCUUCCCAGUAGCCUUCCUGGAAGCCGAGUUCAAUAACAACAACAAGUUCUCGGUGUUGGCCAAGAGUCAGGACGCUUCAGUACAAGUGCAGGAGAUGCUUCAGAACCUGUCACAACAUAUCCCAGAGCUGGAGAAGUUACUACAGAAAAUUGAAGCUACAGCAGAGAAUAAUACGAUCUACCAAGACAACCCCAAUGUCUACGAUGUGGACCUACCAUUACUGUGCAGUUACUUGGCCUAUUGGUGGCAACUGGGCCCAGAUGGUCCGAAUAGAACACCGUAAGUGUAUCACUGACAUAUUUUUUGAAAUCUAAAAAUAAAAAAUUUGAAAAAAAAUUUUUGACCACCCCCCAAAAAAAAUACCCCUGCCACCAAAAAUUAAACAAAGAAAAAUUAUUGUGAUGAAAAUACAUAUUCAAGGCUAACAACAACCAUGGUAAACAGCGAACACAUGAACCGCAUCUUCUGCGCCUUGUUGAAGGUCAUGAGAGAACACAUUGGAGUUGAGAAUGCUCCUUGGCUGUGCCGAGUCAAUUGUAAGUUUUUGUAAAAUACGGACAACCAAAUUUUAAUAUUUAAAAUAUUUUUUACAACUUUAAUUAUAUUCAGCGAGAGAACGAGAAAAAGAAAAUUUAUAUUGAUCACCUACUAUAAUAUAGGAAAAAUGGUGUAGUCGAAAAAGUAGGUGCUGAUGUCUAAAGUAAUCUAGAGGUACUAGUUAACGAAGUUUAUUUUAAUGUUACUUUAGAUUAUUACAGUAGAAAACGUUAGUUUUGAGGUUUUAUGCCUUUUAAAACGAUAUUACACUUGAUGUCUAGUGUAAUAUAGAAAACCUUUUAUAUCUCAUAAAAUAGUAAUUGGUACCUAAAGUAAUAUAAGUAAACUUGUAAAGCAUAUUAUUUUUCAAGUUUUGCCUAAUUAUGAAAUGGCACAGCGGAAAAAUGAAGAUUUUAUGAGCUUCUAACCAGCUGUUGGAUCUGACGUCUAGUGUAAUAUUGGAAAAUCGCUGUAAUUUUAAAAAUAUGGGUUGAUACCUAAAGUGUUAUACAUCAUAAGAUAGGGAAUUUAAUUUUUAACGUUUUGCCUUAUUUUCACAUUUUAAAAUCAAAAAAUGAACAUUAUAUGACCAUUGAAAGAUCAUAUUGUAGUAGACAUCAAGUGUAAUAUCCAAAAAUCGUCUUAUUAUAUAAAAACUGGGCUUGACACCUAAAACAAUAUAAAAGCAAGUUAAAGAACAAACUGAAGAAACUUUCUUUCCAGUCUUUGCGGUCCAAAUCAUUCAGUUCGUCACCUGCGAUCCAGUCAAAGACUACAUGUUACCCAUCGCCGAACGCCUUCGCUACCUCUCGGAAAAGGCCUAUAAAGAAGAGGAAAGAAUGCGAACUCACCCCGACGAUGCUGAUGAAGGAACUGUAGCCGAAGACAAUGCUCGUCUCGUCCGUGAUGUGUACGCAUUCUUCCCCAUCCUCAUGAAGUACACUGAUCUUCACCGUGCCAAGUGGCUCAAGUCUCCAACCUGGGAAUCGGACGGAGUUUACGAAAAUGUGGCUGUGAUCUUCAAAAUCUGGUCCUUCUCGCAACAUUUCAAGCGAGAGGAGCUGAAUUACAUGGCACAGUUCGAGGAGGACGCGCAAAUGGUCGGCGGAGGCGAGAUGAAAACUGGCAAAGCGGCCAUCGCGGAGAGGAAGAAGAAGAGACGGGAAGGACAGGUGAGUGUACCUAAAAUAUGAGUUAAAGAGAUGAAAAAUAAGAAUAAUUGAGAAAAUAGAAAAUUAAAAAAUAGUUUUAAAAAUCGAAUUUUAAAAAAACUUUUUAUUAAUCUUCGUCAACAAAAAUCCGUUUGCGCCCUGGUUUUGCGACCUGCAGCCUGCGUGGAUCAUUUUAUACGAUGGAUUCUUCUUUAAUUUUACAAAUUUACUUACUGGCAAGGAAAUUCAUUUAAAAGACAAAAAAUGCAAAAACAUUCUUUACAAACAAAAAAUGGCAAGAACUUUCUUUAAAAAACAAAAAAUGGCAAGAACUUUCUUUACAAAACUAAAAAUGUAAAACUUUAUUUACAUUGCAAAAAAAAACAAUAAUUAAAGUAAAAUACGGACUGUUUUUUAAUAAUUGAUAAAUUAAAAAAAAACUUUUAGGUAAAAUUUUUGUCAAAAAAUAUUACUUCAGGUCAAAAAAGAUAAGCACGCUAACAGCAUCGUGAUCGCCUGUCUAAAGCGUCUUCUACCGGUCGGUUUGAACGUGUUUGGCGGUCGUGAGCUGGACAUUGUUCAGCAAUGCAAAGAACGCUUCCUGGCCAAGGAAUCGGAAGAAAAAACCCGAGAAUUCAUUCGAGAAUUGCUUGAUGUACCAGUCAAAACCGACCCAACUGAUAAGAACUCAUGGCAGCUGAACUUGUAUCGCAAAAUUGGCAAAAGUCAAAUGCGCGGCAAAGAAGAGAUGACUCAAGAAGCGGUGGUGGACAAAAUCGCCAACAUGGGACAAGUUGUGGCUAUUUUGCAUGCGGUAGGUCUCGGAUAUUGUUUUAGGUGGAAAUUUGGGUUUAGAUAGUAUUUUUGAAGCCUUUAUCGCAUUUUAAAAACCAUUUUGAGUUGGAAAAGAGGUACAUAUGUUAUGAGACGGCAAUUUUUUAAUUGGAAUGCACCAAAAACCUAAAAUAAUGUCAAUUUUUUACAUUUUUUUUUAUUUUUUUGAUCAUAAUUCAUGAAUGUUGAAACAUUUAAAGGUGUAUUAUAUAUCACUAGAAAGCCUAUUCUAAGCGCUGUAAAACACAAAAAAGAUUUAUUGAAAAAGGGGUGUUAUGGUCAUAAUAUGAAAAAAAAGGGGUGUUAUGGUCAUAAUACUUUUGCACGGUGCACUCGAAUUUUUUUAGUCAAAAAAAAAGUUUUUUCUUAUCAUAACUCAUUAACAUUGCAAUAGUUAAAAACAAAUGUCUUAUUCAUUCAAAAGAGUAUUUUAUUGGCUUUAAAGCACGUAAAAAGAUUUUUUGAAAAAGAUUUGUUUUUGUCAUAAAAUGACCAUUUUUGCACUGUGCACUCUCAAUUUUUAAGCUUUAGGGUUAAUGGCAUUUUUAAUCAUACCUUAUAUAUAUUGUUAUGUUUAGAAACUUAUUUUGUUUGAUUUGAAAGAGCAUUUUACGGGCUUGAAAACGCAUAUCAAAUUUUUCACUAGUUAUUUUUCAUUAAUGAGAUAUGAUUAAAUUUGCACUGUGCAAAGGGAACAAAUCAACGAAAUUAUUUUGCACCAUGCGAGAAAUAUAAAAGUGGAUUAAAAUUAAGUUUUUAUUGUUGUAAAAUCGUAUUUUCUAACAUUUUUAUCUUGUUUUUUAUUUGAUUUGGCAUUUUGUACAUGUGUUCUGUUGUAUUUUGAAUUAUAUAUUAUAUGUUGUUAUAGGCUCAAAAGCUGGUCAGUAUAGGAAUUUUUUGCUGUACUAGCCAGUCUUUGAGUACUAUCAAUGUAAAUGUGUUGUCAAAAUAUGUGAAAGUGUUAAAAAAUGUCUGUGUAAAGUCGAAAGGUUUUAGUUUUGUGUAAAGUUAUAUCAAUGUUAGUGAUGUUGUUGUACUUGGACAUGUUAUGUGCUUAUAGAUAACUCGUUUGCACACGUACGAACAUUUCCGUCGGUUUGUUGUCCAAAAUAGCUAUCAUAAAGCUGGGCCAAAGGUUUGUAUUUUUUAUGUUUUAAUAUUUUUUUACUUGUUUGUUUAGGUAAAAUACGAGUAAAAUUGAGCCGCUCAAAAAUCUUUAAAUUUUGUUUUCGGCGGGAAAUUUAAACUUUGAAUUUUUUGAAUGUUUGUAAAAUACGGACGAGCUGACUCUUUGAUUGUUAGGAAGUAUCAAAAUAUAGAUUUUUAUGUUUUUCAGAUAAAUUAUUAUAAUUUUAAAUUUUGGCGCAAAAAUACAAAUUCGAAAUUUGGCGGGGAAAAUUGAAUUUGAAUUUUUUGAAAUUUUGACAUUAAAAUACAGAAAGAUAGACUUCUUAAUUAUGAAGAUAGUAUCAAAAUUUUAUUUUUUUAGAUUAAAUAUUCAAAGUUAAAUUUUGGCGGGAAAAUUCAAAUUUAAAGUUUGGCGGGAAAAAUUAAGUUUGGAUUUUUUAGUUUAAAAAUGAUUUUUCGGACAAUUUUUUGAUUUCUUAACAUAAUAAAAUACGAAAAAUCAAUUUUUUACUUUGGUUUUUCAAAAAAAAAUUAAUUUUUGUUUUUGGCGGGAAAAUUAAGAUUUGAAAAUCUGUUUUGGCUUAGUACACAAUAUAGGCAAAAAAGGCUUAUAUACCUCAUUUUAACACAUUUUAAGCUUUUUGUUAUCAAAAAUGAUUUUCAUAAAGUUUUUUACUGUAUGUAACCCUUAUAUCUCUUUAGUUUACUACAUGUUGUUGAUCGUAUGUUGUCGAGUAUUUUAGGUCGAACACCAACUUAAUGCCUCGGCAUCAGCAUGGAAGAAGAUGUUGUCGAACCAGCGAAAACGUGCUGUUGUAGCGUGUUUCCGUAUGGUACCGGUCUACAGUUUUGAAAGGUUCGUAUGUUUGUGUUGGUGGUACUAUAAUAUGUUGAGUAUGAUAUUGUAGUUGGUCUGGGUUGUUGUGUUUGAUUUGAUGUGGUGAUCUAGUGUGAAUUUUGUGAAAAACUGUUUUUGAUACUAUUAUUAACAUCAGAAAUUAUUUUGAGUAUGGUACUAUAUAAGUAGUAGAUACUAUGUAGUAUCGUACUAUACAGUACGAUUAUCAAAUUUUGUUUUAAAAUGCGUUUUAUGAUUCUUUAUAGUAAUAUGUUGGGAAAUAAUGCUAUUUAGUACUAUGGUACUAUAUAGUACUAGGUACUGUAUAGUAUCUUACUAUAGUGUACAAAUCUAAAAUUGAGUUUUAUCAUACUAUUUAUGACUUAUUAUUAUACUACAUAUUGCUAUAGUGCUAUUUAGUACUAUGGUACUAUAUAGUACGUACUAUAGUACGAUUGUUAAAAAAAGUCAUGCUAAAUAGUAACAAAGUACAAUAAAAUAACUUACGACUUCCAAUUAACGCUAAAUUAACCGUACUGUGUAGGUAACAUCGAAAAUGGAGAAGGAAGACAGAUGGAAGAAGGUGCUAACACUACAGCGCAAGCGAAUGGCCAUCUCUCUCAUCACCGCCAGCCACUUGUACAAGGUGGAAAAGUAAGGGUUUGACGUUCGAAUAAAAAGUGGCAUUUACUGCAUAUUAUGGUUGUUAUGUUAGGGUAUAAGAUAGGCCUAUAAAAAGUUAGAAUGAUAGAAAAAAAAGUUAUUAAUUAGGCUAAAAAUGCUUUGAAAAAAGUGAAAAAAUGAUGAUUUUUGAGACUUCAAAAGGGUUGUAGCUGCAGUAAUUUCAAUUUUUCUGACAUUAAGUAACAUUUUAUGAAAAAUUGUUAAAAGCAACUUGUAGAGCAUGAAAAGCGUUACAAUUACUGACAGUUUUUUUGAUUUACCUAUGACAGAAAAUGAGCUAUGAAUUUUUAAAAAUUUAAAAAGUACUGAUUUUUCAAGCGGAAUCGAACUUUUUUUGAUUUUCGACUUUUUCAAUUAGUCAUAACUAUUUUAUAAAAUGAGUUGUAAGUAUGAUACAUGUAGUAUAUAUACAACUUUUUAUGCUUUUUAAAACGUAUUGCUCGCAUGUUUGAAAAAAGUUGUUUUUGGGGCAGGGGUUGGGUUUUAAAUGGGUACUAUACCUAAUAGUGGCCAAGAGUAAGUAGUUGAAGCGAAAGCUAAAGUAAAUAUUAGGUUGUUCACAUAAUUCUGUGUUUCAAAGCAAGUUUGCGUAGUUAAAGGGCACCGAAUUAUGUGAACAACGUAUUACUUACUUCAGCUUAUGCUUCAAGACGUACAAUUAACUUAUAAGUAUUGAUAUACAGUUUGAUGUUCUUCUAUAACCAACUAGACUUAAUAGACUUACAAGAUACUAUAAAAUAGUUACUGAUUCUAUAGAAUCUGUGCUUCUUGAGUUGCCUCUCUUACUACGAUAACUACCGUAAUACAGCUGUAAACUUUAUAUAUACAACUAAACUCACAUUGCUUAGUUUUUCCAAACUUUACAGUGUCUUACUUACUACAAUAUCUUUAUUGAAUUAAUACUUGAAUUAAAAUGUAUCAGAGUACUAGUAUUGUUAGGAGUAAGGGAGGGGAGGGAGAUGGAUUCACCAUGUUCAAGUCCUUACCCUUACCCCUUCACCACCUACUCCUACCUAAACUUGAAAGGGGUCUCGGUAGGGUUAGGAAAUCCUCUAGCCUCGUUCCGGCCGAAAAAUUAAGGUUGGCCUUAAUUUAUUUUCUUCAGUACGAUACUAUAUAGUACUGAGUUUUAUAUUGAAGUACGUUAGACACUGUAAAAGCUUAAAAAUCCCUUGUGAGUGCUAAAAUUGAAGUGAAUGAAGAUGAUUACUGUAGUUGACGCUAGUACUAGAUAGUGUAAUGCUUGAUGAUAAAAGUAUAAUGCUUGGUGGUAAAAUACGCGUUUGAAUAUGUAACCAAGAAUUUUUAUAGACACCGCGGUAUCAACUUCUUUAUGCCAGCUUUCGCCAAGCUGUGGUUGGAUGAGGAGGAUGUGGGCAAGGACCGACUGGUGGCUGACAUUUGUGUAAGUUAAUUGUCUGACUUUACCUUUUAAAUGUAAUGCCUAUCUAACCCUCCCCCCCCCCUAAUAUAUACUCUAAUAUAUCUAAACCUUCAGGGCGAUUCUGAAGAAUCCGAGAACACAGCCUUCAUGAUCUUUGAAGACGAAACUGGAAUGCUAAAACUAGAAGAAGGUGGGCCAGGUGAAGAGCGGCCGACUACAAAACCUGAUGCCCUGAAGCAGCUAAUUCAAUGCUUCCAACGUGCCGCGACUUCAGAAGAAAACCAGUCCGUAGCCAUCGCUGACGACACUCUUUAUGUCAACUAUGCUGACGUCAUGGCACAGUCAGUCCAUCUGGAAGACGAUGACGACGGUGAUGAAGAUGGUGAAGUAGAUCAAGCCGAGAAAGAGGAAAUGGCACAAGCCCUGAGGGCCGAACAAGCUAUCCUGGCUGAUCGUGGAGCCGCCAUCAUGUGCCUGAUGUACCUAAGUGCUUCGAAUGGUGAACCAACCGAAAUGGUCGCUCAGACUUUGCAGCUAGGUAUACAUCUACUGUCUGGAGGUAACAAGGACAUCCAGAAGAUCCUGAUCGACUAUCUUCAACUCAAGAAAGAUGUGAGGUUUUUCACGUCCUUGAGCACGUUGAUGGGCCGCUGCUCCGUGCUGAAUCUCGAAAUGUUUGAAAGGCAGAUCAAGGCUGAAGGUUUGGGCAUGGGCGCUGAGUUGGCUGCUGGUGAUCAUCAGAACUUGAACGAUGCUGACUUCACAUGCAGCUUGUUUAGGUUCUUGCAGCUGACUUGUGAAGGUCACAAUUUGGAUUUUCAGGUAAGGAGAGUUUGAGAGUUACGGUAGACUUAGCGUAACUUAUGGUGGAGUGAGAUAGGGUUUCGGUAGGUAUAUCGGGUAGGAAUAGAAAUGAUUAAGGACUAGGGUAGAUUGGGGUGAGAUUUGUUAGGUUACGGUGUACUAGAGAGUGUAUGCUAAGGUUACGGUAAGACAGAGUAAGAUAGGUACAGUAAGGCAGAACAGUUUAGUUUAGGGUAAAGUAGUUCAAGUUAGGACGGGAUAGGGUACGGUAGGGUAGAGUACUAUAUUGUAGAGAAUGGUAUGUUAGGGCAUGGCAGGGUCCGGCAGUUUAAUAUAGGGUAAGGUAGGAUAGGAUAGGCUAAAGUAGUGUAAGGUAGAGCAGAGCGAGGCAGCAUAGGGUAUUGUGGGACAUGCUAGGGUAGGGUAGGAUAAAGUAGGGUAGGUUAGAGCAGGGCAGGAUAAGGUAGAGUAGGGUAGGGCAGGGUAGAGUACGGUAGGAUAGGGUAGGGUAGGGUAGGGUAGGGUAGGGUAGGGUAGGGUAGGGUAGGGUCGGGUCGGGUAGGGUAGGGUAGGGUAGGGUAGGGUAGGUUUGGGUAGGGUAGGGUAGGGUAUGGUAGGGUAAGUUAAGGUACAGUAGGAUGACGCAUUGUAACCUUCUGAAAUUAAUUUUUUUUCUUUUCUAGAACUACCUCCGUUCCCAGCCAGGUCACACAACAAGUGUAAACCUGAUCAUCUCUACCGUCGACUAUCUUCUUCGUCUCCAAGAGUCGGUAAUGGACUUCUACUGGCACUACAGUAGUAAAGAAGUGAUAGACGAAGGCGGGAAAGAGUACUUCCUCCGUGCUAUCAGAGUAUGUAGUCAAGUGUUCAACACUCUUACUGAGACCAUCCAAGGCCCAUGUGUUGGUAAUCAGAUGACAUUGGCCAACUCGAGGCUGUGGGACGCGAUCAAUGGCUUCUUCUUCCUCUUUGCUCACAUGAUGGAGAAGUUGUACAAGAACAGUACGCAACUCGAAUUACUGAGAGAGUUCCUGAAUCUACAGAAGGAUAUGAUUGUGCUAAUGUUAUCUAUGCUGGAAGGUAAUGUCCUUAAUGGACCGAUUGGAAAACAAAUGGUCGACGCAUUGGUCGAAAGUCAACAGUGUGUGGAGAUGAUCCUCAAGUUCUCGGACAUGUUCUUGAAGCUCAAGGAUCUCACUACUAGUCAGGCUUUUCAGGUAGGGGUUUUUACUAUAGGUAGGGCGGGGGUGAGUCAGGGUAAGGGUGAGAAUUGUUUUAAUAGGGCAGAGGGGAGAUUUUUGCAAAAAUUGGCAAGAACUUUCUUUACAAAAAGAAAAAUGGCAAGAACUUUCUUUACGAAACAAAAAAUGACUAGAACUUUCUUUACAAAACGAAAAAUGGCAAGAACCUUCUUUACAAAACAAGAAAUCGCGGUUUUUUGAAUUUCUAUUGUAUAAAAUAUCACCCGCAGCUUGCAAGACUCUAAUCUUCUGAAAAUGCCAUUUUUUGAUGACAGUUUUAUUUUAUAGGACUUUGACACCAAUCGUGAUGGCUGGAUCUCGCCCAAAGAGUUCCAACGUGCCAUGGAACAGCAGAAAAUGUACUCGGUGGAAGAGAUCACCUACCUCAUGAUGUGUACCGACGUGAACAACGACGGUAAAGUCGAUUACAUGGAAUUCACGGAACGUUUCCACAAUCCGGCCAGAGAUAUCGGCUUCAACUUGGCCGUUCUCCUCACCAACCUCAAGGAGCACAUCACGAACGACCCGCGGCUGGAGAAGAUCGUGGAGAAGGCCAGCUCUCUACUCGAGUACUUCGACCCGUUCCUCGGUCGAAUCGAGAUCAUGGGCUCGUCGAAGCGCGUGGAGAAGAUCUACUUCGAGAUUCAGGAGUCCUGGCUGGAGCAGUGGUCGAAGCAACAGAUCAGGGACUCGAAGAACGCGUUCUUGUUCAAUGUACUACAAGAUGAUGGUGGAGAUCAGGGCAAACUGGAGGCUUUUAUCAACUUCUGUGAGGACACAAUCUUUGAAAUGCAACAUGCUGCCGAGAUUUCCAGUGGGGAUUCAUCGGAUUCAAAGGUAAAGUUGUUUUUUAUAGCUUAAGCUUAUCAGCCUACUACGCUUAACUAAGACAAGUCUAACCCUCCUGAACCAAAAAUCUACUAAACCUAGCCUUCCUAAUUGUUAAUCGUGGCUUAGGCUUGGUUGACUUAAGCCUAGUGGUCUUAGGCUUAGUAUGCGCAGACUUAUUAGGCUUAGUAGCUUUAGGCUUAAAAUUUAUAGGUGUAGUAGGCUAAUGCAUUGUAUGCAUAGGCUUGAUAAUCUUAGGCUUGCUAAGUUUAGGCUUAAUACGAGUAAGCUUAUUAGUCUUAGGCUCAGUAGGCUUAGGUUUAGUAGGCUUAGGUUUAGUAGGGUUAGGCUUAGUAGGCUUAGUAAUUUUAGACUUAGUAUCUUUAAAGUUCCGAGGUGUAACCUGACUGGGCUUAUGUAUAGCUUUUUUAUAUUAGACUUACGCUUAAAAUGCUUAGGCUUAAAGUAAUUUAAUUUCUUCGAAAAAAAUUUAAAAGUUUUUUUUGAAUGUGUAAAAAAAUUAUAUUAUUAUAGGUGGAGCGAGCAAUGAAACAACGUGACUACUUCCUCCAACAAACUACCGCCGGCCAACAAAUCUCCAAGACUCUUCAACGAGGCUACGACUACGGCCUAUCAGCGGCCGAAGCCCUAAAGCCGGCCAAUAUGAACAAGACGAUCAAGCACGCGGUCCAAAAGUUCCGGACCAUGACCUGGGCCCAAUUGUUCAUCGAACUCCUCAAGUUCUUCUACCGCCUGGGCAAGGGCGUGGUAAUGGUGAUCUGGUUCCUGAUAUGCACUCUCGGCCGCUUCGCCUACUACCUCACGGCUCCAGAAUACGAGGACGAUGAAGCCAAGAAGCGGGUGGAGCCACAACAAGAACAACAAGGUCAAUUUGGUCAACAUCACAACUUCCCAACCUUCUUCCCACCCACCACCACACGUCACAAUGUGGACGUGUUUGGUGUGCAUAUUGCACAUGAUGAAGGUGGUCUACCGCCUGACAUUGUGGAAGAAGCACCUCCAGAACAGACAGAUCCAUCAAUGAAUGGAGAGAUACCGGAAGAUCCAAAGCCUAUGAAUGGAAAUAUUUAUUCGGAACACGGGUUGGAGGACGAGUCGUUCUUGAGGGUACCUCCGAGAGAACAACAAAAACGACCCAGGUAAGGGGGAAGAUUUUGAGUUUUUCAGGCGGUUGGUGGGGUUUGGGGGGGGUGAGGGUGAGUGGGGAAAGGGCAAGUUGUUAGGGUCGAAUUAGGGAGAGGCAUCGGUGGAGGGGGGUUAAGGUAAGAGGGGCUAGGGAACGGUAAGAUGUUGUAGAGUAAAGUCCAGGAGGGUCGGGUAGAAUAGGGUAGGGGUGGGUCGGAUAGGGUAGGGUAUUUUUAAAAGUACCGCUUAGAGAACAACAAAAACGGCCGAGGUAAGGCGGGAGAGGAAAGAUCUUGAGUUUUUUAAGAUAAAGGGUGGGGGGGGUGGGGAAUGACAACGACUUUUACUAUGAUAGAGGCAGGAAAGGUCUGUAAUGUAGGGUAGGGUAAAGUAAGGUAGUGCAGUGUAAUAUACUGUAAAGUAAGGUAUAAUAAAGUAAGUUAGGAAAGGGUACGAUAAUUUACGGUAGGGCAAGGUAGUUGGCAGUAUAUUGAGAUGGUAAAGGUAGGAUAGGGUACGAUAAUGUACAGUAGGGUAAGGUCAGUGGAGGUUUAUUGAGGUAAUGUUUGGUGCUGUAAUGUUGAGUUGGAUAGGGUAGUAUAUGUUAUGGUAUGGCAUGGUAAGGUAGGGUAGGGUAGGGUAAAGUCUGAUUGGGUAGGGUAUGGUAGGGUCAUGUCUUAUAAAAGGCAAAUUUUUUUGUAAAAUACAUGCUCAAGAUCACUCAUGACAUAAGUAUUUUAAUUAAUAACAGCCAUUCUAGUGUAUACGACACCCAAUCCUUUGGCUCAGCCCAACCACCAAUUCCAAGUGUUUCCGGAAUUCACUCGGACGAUGCAGUAGAACAUCGUGUCUACCCCUACUAUGAGCCAAAGAUAGCUGAACAAAUGGGUCUACGAUCUAAAGGCUCUGUGCUCAACGUGCUAGCCAGAAACUUCAAAACGAUCGAGAAGAUCACGCUGUACCUGGCGUUCUUCAUCAACGUGAUCCUACUGUUCCAUCGUGUCGACAUUGCACUGAAUCCGGAUCGUCCAGAAGACCGUGACGAUGUGGACGAGGACGAUGAGGACACGGUAGACGAAGUCAUGGAGAGUAUCUACAUAGCUGGCAUGGUAAUACCCUACUUUUCGUAUGAGAUCACUGGCUGGUUGUUGGCACAAGUACUGUACUGGCUGAGUGUGAUGCACGCUGUUACGUCGUUCGCUCUUCUGAUUUCGUUUUAUCAAUUGAAGAUUCCAUUGAUAACGUUCAAGCGGGAGAAGGAGGUGGCCAGGAAGUUGAUGUUCGAUGGAUGUUGGAUCACCGAGGAAGAGAGUGAGGAAAGGAGUGUCAUCGAGACGUUGUUCUGGUACAUGGACAGGAUUGUCAUCUCCGCCAAAAGCUUCCCGGUUAAGGUAGGUGAGGUAUAUUGAGGGUAGUGUAGGGUAAAGCAGAGUAGAGUAGUGUAGGUUAGGUUAGGGUGGGUUAUAGUAUGGUAGUGUAGUGUGCAUUAGAGUAAGGUAAGAUAGGUUAGGAUAGGGUAAUGUGUCAUAGAGUAAAGUAGUCGGAUGACAUAUAUUGAGGGUAGGGUACUGUAAUAUAGGUGGGUGGUGUAUGACAUGGUAGCCUAAUGUAUUAUAAAGUAGGUGGUGUAUAUUGAGGUAAGGGUAUUGUAAUAAACGGUAGGGUGUGAUAUGACAGUGUAAUUUACCGUACAGUGAGGUAGGUGGGGGAUAGGGUAAGGUGGGUAGUGUUGGGUAGGGUAGGGUAGGGUAGAGUAGAGUAGGGUAGGGUACGGUACCGUGCAGUACUGUAAAGUCGAGUAGGGUAGGGUAGUAUGGUAGCAUAGGCUACAGUAUGGUAUAGGAUUGAAUUCUUUUGUAAAAUACGUUUUUUUAAUGAUUUGUCUUAUAAAUGUAAAAAGAAAAUAUGACUUACAUUUAUUAAACUACGGUAUAUAAACCUACUUUAAAGCUUAUAAUUUUAGUACUGGGACAAGUUUGUGCGCAGAAAGACAAAGCAAAAGUACAAGGAGCAAGUCGAUGAAGAGACGUUGGAAGCCCUCCUCGGAACGGAACGUUCACCCGGAGACACAUCCUUCGACUACCGCUACGCAUGUUGGCUAUGGGUGGGAGUAAUUCUCACCAACGGACAAUUUCUCUACCGAGUGUCCUACUUGGUCAUCUCGAGCUGUGGUGUCAUGUUCAGUCCCUUCUUCUACGCCUUUCUACUCAUCGACGUCGUACUGUCAUUCCCUAUGUUAAAAGCCAUCUUACAGUCGGUCACACACAACCUACAACAACUCAUCUUGACCAUCAUGAUGACGUUGGUGGUGGUGUACUUGUAUACCGUGGUGGCGUUCAACUUCUUCCGAAAGUUCUACAUUCAGGAUGGUGAAGAAGGGGAAGAGCCGGACAGAAAGUGUCAUUACAUGCUUACUGUAAGUUGUUACUGUUUAUGGUUGAUAUUAUUUGAUAGAGGAGACCUUAGUGCUUAUUAUGCAUUAAAAUUUGAGUAUGUUGCCUAAGGCAAUUUAGUUUUUUUUAAAGAUUCAGUUAAAAUUUUAAGCUGUUUUUUGAAUUUUAAUGUCAUUUUUGAUUAAAACAGUUAAUGGAACCUACAAAAUUUAGAAUUAAAAUAACGUGAAUGAUACUGUAAUGUAAGUUGUUUUAAGACAAUUGUUUUAUUUACUUGCAAAAUUAGGCAAAACAUCAAUUUUUCAUGGUUAACAUCAGAUUGUUGGCGGUUUUUUUGGUUUUUCAUGCCAUUUUUGAUUAAGACAGUUAAUGAAAACUUAAAAGUUUAGCUUCAAAAUAACACGAAUGGUACUAAUAUGUAUUUUAAUUUUUAAAAACCUUGUUUUAUAAGCUUUAAAUUAGGCAAAAUAUCAAUUUUCCAUGGGUAACAUUAGAUUUUUAGCUGUUUUUAUAAUUUUUGAAUGGCAUUUUUCAUUAAAACAGUUAAUGGAAACAACAAAAUUCAGUAUCAAAAUAACGUGAAUGAUACUGUUCUGUGAUUCAAUUUAAAAAAAAGUUGGUUUUAUAAUAUUUAAUUGAGGUAAAAUACGAACUUGGGUCGCUUAUCAAUUCUAAUGCAACAUUUCUCCAAAAAUCCACUAAUUUCUUUUGCAAAUCCAUAUGAAAAGCCGGUUUAUUCUGGGAAAUGACAUCUGCAGACAAAUGCAGAAGACUCAUGACAAACUGAAUUGACCUACAGUAUAACGAAAACGAGUCUUUUCGGAUAUUAAUUAGCUUAAAAAUGACGAAAAUGUUACGAAAUUUGGGUCGGAAAGAGUGGGAGGGUUGAUAAAUGAGCGGUCAAAAAGUUUGUAGAGGUAUCUUGGGGUAGGUAGGAUUGGGUAAGGCUAGACAUGAGAAACGGGCCGGGCCGGGCCCAAUUUUCAAGCCCGGCCCGCGGGCCGGGGCCUAACUUUUAGGCCUGGCCCGUUUUUUAUUUUGGUCAGGCCCGGCCCGGCCCGAUCAGAAAAUUUCUAGGCCCGGCCCGUUUUAAAAAAUUUUAAAAAUUUUAAAACUUGAAAACUAAACGGAAAAUUCGCUUUAAAUUGUUUUUUUAGAUCAUUUAUGGAGCAUAGAACCCAAUAAAAUCUAAAAACAUAAACGGGGAUUGAAAUAAAAAAUUUUAAAAAAUUUAGAAAUUUUUUUUCCAGGCCCGGCCCGACUUUCCAAGGCCCGGCCCGUUUCUCAUGUCUAGGUAAGGCACGAUAGGGUAAAUUAGGACUGGGUAGGAUGGGGUAGGGUAGAAUAGUGUAGGGUAGACUAGAGUAGAGCAGGGUUGGCUUGGGUAGGGUAGGGUUUUUACCAAAUUUCUUAGUUUAGUGCUUGUUUUUGGGCACGGUACUAAAUUUUUGCUUCUAGUAAUAUUUUUUAGAAUUUUUGGUUGUAGUACUAUUUUUAGGUUAGGUAUGGUAUUAACUUGUUGGCUAUAGUAAUAUUUUUGCGUACAGUACCAAUUGUUGAAUUUAGUACUAUUUUUGAGUAUGGUACCAAUUUUUUUGUUGUAGUACUAUUUUUUGAGUGUAGCACUAAAUUUUUGACUUUAGUACUUAAGUAUGGUACUAUUUUUUGCAUUUGGUAUUAUUUUUCAGUAUGGUACUAUAUUUGAGUAUGGUACUAAUUCUUUGGUUUAUGUCUAUCUUUUGACUUUAGCACUUAAUUAUGGUACCAUUUUUUGCAUUUGGUAUUAUUUUUUAGUAUGGUACUAUUUUUUUUCGCUGUGGUACUAUAUUUGAGUAUGUUCUCAAAUUUUUGGUUGUAGUACUAUUUUUAAGUAUGUUACUAAUUUUUUUGCUUGUAGUACUAUUUUUGAGUUUAGUACCAAAAUUUUGAUUGUGUUUUUUUUAAAUAUUAUACUUUUUUGAGCGCAGUAUCAUAAUUAUUUUACAUCUUACAGAAUAUAAAUUUUAUAAUUUCAGUGCUUCAUCUACCACUUCUACGCCGGUGUCCGAGCUGGUGGAGGUAUUGGUGACGAACUCGAAUCCCCCUACGGCGACGACCUCGAGUACCCAAGAAUGUUGUACGAUAUCUCGUUCUUCUUCUUCGUCAUUGUCAUCCUCUUGGCCAUCAUGCAGGGUCUGAUCAUUGACGCGUUCGGUGAGCUUCGUGAUCAACAAGAGAGUGCCACCGAGAAGCUGGAGAGCUCCUGCUUCAUCUGCGACAUUGGCAAAGACACGUUCGAUCGAAUGCCUCGAGGCUUCGAAAUUCACACGACUAAAGAGCACAACUUUGCCAAUUACCUGUUCUUCCUACAACACUUGGUGAACAAGGACGAGACAGAGUACACUGGUCAGGAAACCUAUGUCAGAGAGAAGUAUGACAAUCGGGAUUGGGAGUUCUUCCCGGUCGGUGAAUGCUUCAUGAAACAGUAUGAGGAACAGCUGUUGCAGAGCUAA